CAUGACCCAACACGAGGUCCUAUCUUGCAGGCACUACCCUUUGUCCUCCCGAAUCCGCUGGCCAGCCUGGCAUCUCCCUUUACCUCAACCUUCAAGCAGGGGCCAACAGUCCUCAUGUGCAACUCGCCCGUUGUUGCCCCAACUCAGUGUCCUAACAACCAGCCAAACUUGAAUCUCAGUCCGUCCCAGAUGACCCAACUCGAAACUCGGCUGCGAUGA